UCGAUCACAUUCUGCUCUUGGCUGGCAUCAGCAGGAUCUUUUUAAUGUGUUUUUCAGUAACUGGGAUAUCUUGUGUUCAUAUAAAACGCAUUAUAUUCUGAUACGAGUUGGAUGGUUCAUUUAAAGAGUAAGCAAUUCUCUCAGUCUUCUUGCACAGCCCAAUGAUCAUCACCAUGUCCAUUCCACCAGUUAACCAACACUUGGAAUCAGUUUCAACCUCGACAUUAGACUGCAUCAGCAUAUUACAUAUUUGCAGACCAUCAAGCAAAGCCUUAGUCUCAGCCAUUGUGUUGGUACCAUUUCCAUAAUAAGCCACAAAACCACCCAAGAUUCCCCCUCUAUAAUCCGGAACUAUCCCUCCACCGCCACAUUUACCAGGAUUUUCCAAACUACACCCAUCAAUGUUCAACUCAAAACCCAAUAGUGGACUGGACCAUUGCAGGACCUUAGUAAUUUUUAUUUUCAAAUCCAAAAAAGAAGGCCCAUUUUAAGUAAUAUAGCCUCAUCAGUUUUUCUUACCUUUUUGCAAGUACACAUUUUCACCAUUUGUUGAGCUAGUUUGCUUCUGAUCUUAAAACAAACCACAUUGGCAGGUUCUGACUUUCCUUCCAUGCGAGCUUUGCUUCUUUGAGUCCAUAGACACUAGGUAAUAAUUGAUGGAUUUAAUCCCAUGAUAAUGUCGAGUUGAGAUACCGCUCUGGCUUUACGAAACCAAAACCACACCACCUGCUGCCAGCUUCUGAUCCUGUCUAGUUUAAGACCCAGCAGCCCUGCAAAAUGCCCCCAUUUAUCCAUCACCAACUGACUCACUUAACCAUAAAACACGAUCAAGUGUUUCUACAUUUGAUUUCUCACAGCAUUCACCUUUAGAAGCCAUGGCAAUGUUCAACCUUUGUAUAUUGGCAUCAAAAGGUAAGCUACCUUGAAAGCAUUUACAUAAAUAUAGACUAGCAUUUCUGUUACCGUAUACAAUUUUAGAUGUUAUAUAGAUUAUUAUUAGCUAUUAGCUAUAUAGAUUAUGUUACCAUGUAUAGAUGCUGAUUUUUAGGAAUCAGUUAGACACCGUGUAUGGCACGUACCUUUGUGUAUAGAUGGAAUGAAUGACAUGAAGGGAAAUCAAUUUACACAGAAUCAUUUUCCAGAAAGGGCUCUCAGUUUAUCUUGGGUUUUCUGAGUAUUUUGACAUGAUAUCAAGAGCAGGUUGUUGAUUUUUGUGUCUGUUUGAAUUUUUUUUUCUCUUGGAUUUGUGGGUUUCUUUGGUUCGGCGCACUCUAGGUUCAACUUUGGUGCACCAGCUGAGAAUUUUGGUGGAUCCGACACUUUCUCCAUUCUCGGCUUUGGUCUGAUCUGGGUUCUUGCAGUUUUCGGUGCAGCAGUUGGGAGCAUUUCGGCGCCUCUAUUGUUUGUGCCUUUCGGCAAUUUCGGUUGCAGUCUGUGGUUCUUCUCGGCAAUUUCGGCACUUUCUAAUUUGUGGGCUGAGUGAACGUGUAUGGGCUUCUUGGUGUGCACGUGUAGGUGCUUCUAUCGGCAGUAAGUGGGAGAGUGGGCAGGUAUUACUUUUUUGUUAUACUUUCUCAUAUUUACGGCAUAAUGUCUUUUGAAUCGUUUGUUGUGAAAUUCACAGGUAAAAAUUACUCUGCAUGGGAAUUUCAAUUUCAUUUAUUUGUUAUGGGAAAAGAGUUGUGGGGCCAUAUAGAUGGGAGUGCUCCGGCACCUCAAGAUGUCGAGGCUUUGUCUAAAUGGCAAAUUAAGGAUGCUCGAGUUAUGACUUGGCUCCUUAACUCGGUUGAGCCUCAUCUUGUUCUAAAUUUGAGGCCUUAUAAAACUGCUGCUGAUAUGUGGAAUUAUCUCAAUAUGGUUUAUAAUCAAGACAACUCUGCUAGGCGUUUUCAAUUGGAGUAUGAGAUGGCUAAUUUCACACAAGGAAGUCUUUCAAUUGAGGAAUAUUUUUCUAGUUUUCAAACUCUUUGGGCUGACUAUUCGGACAUUGUUUAUGCUAAUAUUCCCGCUGCAGCUCUCUCUGCUGUCCAAGCAGUGCAUGCAACCAGCAAACGAGAUCAAUUCUUGAUGAAACUACGGCCUGACUUUGAAAUUGCACGGUCUAAUCUAAUGAAUUGUGCUCCUGUCCCAUCUCUGGAUGCUUGUUUGAGUGAACUUCUUCGCGAGGAGCAGCGUCUACUCACUCAAGCUUCCAUGGCACAUCAGGCUCCUGCUAGUGUACCUAUUUCUGUGGCUUAUGCAGCACAGGGGAGGCAUAAGGGGAGAGACAUGCGUGUUGUCCAGUGUUUUAGUUGUAAAGCUUUUGGUCAUAUUGCUCGGGAUUGUCCCAAGAAGUUUUGUAACUACUGCAAGAAAUAAGGUCAUAUCAUCUCUGCUUGUCCCAUUCGACCUGAACGGAAGCAGGGUACUGCUUUUCAUGCCUCCACUGGUGCCUCUAGUUCUGCUGCAUUGCCUGCUGCCUCGCCGGUUGUUCCUAUUCUUGUUCCUACAGCCUUAGCAAACCCGAACACACUCACUCCUGAAAUGGUACAACAAAUGAUCAUUUCUGCUUUUGGGCUUUCAGGUAAUCAUCAAGUUUCUUCUACACCAUGGUAUUUUGACUCCGGAGCUUCUAAUCAUAUGAACAAUACCAUUGUUCCCCUUUCUAAUGUCCGAAAUUAUGAUGAAAAUCUGAAAAUUAACACUGAUGGCAGCUCUUUGCCUAUCAGUGCUGUUGGUGAUCUUUCCUCUUCCUUAACUGAUGUUUUUGUGUCUCCUACUCUCUCUAAAAAUCUUUUUUCUGUUGGUCAAUUGGUUGAUAAUAAUUGUAAUGUUAAUUUCUCUCGUUUUGGU